AUGCCGCCGCCGCCGCCGCCGCCGCCGCCGCAGGGCCCCGGGCUCCUGCAGAGCGCGAGGCCUCCCUCACCAGGGACCCAGAGAGCGGAGAUCCACGCGGCCAGCGUCACCCACCCGAGCCUGGCGAUAGGCGCGUCCAGGCGAGCUCCGCGGGGCCGAGGUGCCGGGAGAGCGGCCCCGGGCGCCCGCGCGCUGCCCGCCGAGGGACUUUGCAAGCGGAGCGCGCGCGAAAUAGUCGGAUUUCCAGCGAGGCAGCAAAUAUUUGCAGGCGGGAGAAAGAAGCGGAGCCGGGCCGCGCCGCCGCGUCCCUCCCACCGGAGCCGCGGCGCCGGCCUGGGCGGACCCGGCCGCGCAGUUAAAGACAGAAAUGAAGCCAGGGACCUGCGGGGCUGGGGGCGGGGAGGGCGCAGAGCCACAGCAAAGGCCAGAAAUUGGAGCGCGGCCCCGAGGCUCUGGCGAGCUGGGGCUGGAGGAGAAAUCCCUUCCCAUUCCAGCUCGAUCAAUCUUCCUUGGCUGCGAUCGGUCAAUAAAAAUGGUGUGAACCGACCGCGGUCGCUGUGCGUCUGGGGAGGAAGUGGAGGCCAGAGGUGCCGAGGCCGGCGCCGGCGCCGGCGUCCCGCACCAGCCCGGUUCGCGCGCGGGCGGUCUGCAAGCCUCAGGCCGGCAGCCAGUUCGUCGCCGGGAGCCGAGCGCGGCCCGGCGGGGCCUUUAAUUGAAACCCGCUCGGGCCAGGAGAAGCGGCGAGAGACAUCGGAGAGGAGAUGCCCUCGGAGAUUAACCCCUCCCAAUCCGCCCCUACCGCCCGGCCGGGCCCUCCAGCUUCGAGGGAUCCUGGCCCUCCCUCUGUCGCUACCCUUUUCUCCCCCGUAUAGAAAAACCCUGAUGGUAGCGAGAUAA